UUUUUACGCAAGAAGACUUUACGCACUUUUCUAAGUUUAACUAUGGGUACGUGGUAGGUAACCAGCGGUUUCUUUGCUUGCGUGGUAACAUUUGGGCAGCUGUGGACUUUAAAAAGUGAAUAGGUGUCGAGCAUACAAGCCAGAUGCAAACUAUGCUUCCUCGGAGGCACGACUACGGGAUGAAAAGGACCGGAGGACCGCGCAACGGCUCGGUCAUUAACUUCAGGACAACGGUGAACUCGGGCUCCGUCCGCCGCAGCUCCGCCGUGCUGCCCUCGGUGCUAACAUUCCUGGUGAUCGUAGCCUCCGGAGGCCUGCUACUCAUGAUAGAGAAAGGAAUGCUCAACACCAUGGAGACGCCUCCACCCAGGGGCAGCGGCAAGCGGCUGGACUUCAUUCGGCAGAUGGGGGAGCACAGCCCGUCUGCUGUGGACGUGGACUCCCAGAUCCUCCGGGAGAUCCGUAACCGGACCAUCAGGACAAUGUGCAGCCAGAAGAACAUGCCCCACAGCAUUUGGUCCCUGAGCCCCCUGCAGAGGAAGACGCUGCUGCAGCACAUCCUGGUGAAUGAUCAGUACCGCUUCCUCUACUGCUACGUCCCCAAGGUGGCCUGCUCCAACUGGAAGAGGGUUCUGAAGGUUCUGAACGGAGCUCUGGAGAGCGUUAACGUCAACAUCAAGAUGGACCACCGCAGCGACCUGCUGUUUUUGACCUCUUUUAAACCCGAGGAGAUCCGCCACCGCCUCAAGCACUACUUCAAGUUCAUGUUUGUGAGGGAGCCGAUGGAGCGCUUGCUUUCUGCAUACAGGAACAAGUUUGGAGAGAUAGAGUCCUAUCAGAAAAAGUACGGUGUGGAGAUCGUAAAGCGGUACAGAAAAGGCCGCGCCAAGGACGCAUCUGUAACAGGAGAUGAUGUGACCUUUGCAGAGUUUGUCCAUUACUUAUUGGACGAGGAUGUGGAGCGCAUGAAUGAGCACUGGAUGCCGGUGUACAACUUGUGCCAACCCUGUGCUGUGUCCUAUGACUUCAUCGGCUCCUAUGAGCAUCUUGAAAGUGAUUCGGAGUUUGUGCUCCAGCGGAUUGGAGCGCCUCCUCAUGUUCGCUUUCCAGAAAGGCAAACGUGGUACAAGCCUGUCACCACGGAGACUUUGCACUAUUACCUGUGCACCUUACCACAGAAGCUACUGAGGGAACUCCUGCCCAAGUACAUUCUAGACUUCUCCCUCUACGCUUAUCCCCUCCCCAACACAACCACUGAACACUGCCGGCAUUAAAUGUGCAAUGUUUUAUAUUUCAGAGAAUAUUUUUUAUAGAGAAUGAAUUUUUUUUUUCUCACUAUUUUUAUUCCUAGGGAACAAACAGUAUUUUGAUAGCCGUUACAUAUUUUUACUUGAGAUGUUCAAAUACAUAUUGCAAAAUGUUGAUUAUUGGAAAGAUGGUGACUUGACUACAUGACCACUAAAGCUUGAAAUCAGCUGAAGACAAAGAAAAAAAUAAAGGAAAAUCACUUUGUGUUUUUACAUGUUCCAAUCAUGCACUGUUACAGAAAAUUAACCAAUUCAGUAUAUAUACUGUAUAUAAUGAUGGAAAUGUAAAAUAAGGUUGUAAGACCAAACUUUGUAUUUUGCUUUUAUCUUCAUCUACACAUUGAAGAAAGUAAAGGAUCAAUAGCUUUUGUGGGCAUUCAGUGGUUUAGCAGGCUAAAACACAAAAGGUAGUUUUUGACUGUACUCACUCGUUUAUGGGGUUUAAAUCAAGCUUGUGACAGUUUGAGGCCAUUUCUACCUGGUAUUAAACUUCAAUCUGACUGAUCCGAUCACAACUGGGCAGCUUGAAUUACAGGUGGGAAUGCACACAGGGUGCGUGUGAUAGACUGUAGGCAGCGCUUUAUCAUUAACGUUUCUAAGUUGUGAUUUAUGUGAGAGACGGCUGAAAUGAAAACACACACACACAGGAAACGUACGCGUUUGUUUGCACAUGGAGCGGGAAACUGAGAUCCGAUCACAAGUGGUCAUUCAAGAUGCAUUUGGAGAUGCAUUCUGCUGCCAGGUGUAAACACACAUACUCAGAGAUGUCCACUUGUGAUCGGAUCACUCAGAUUAGAUUUUAUUACCAGGUGGAGGAGCAGCCUUUGUUUCAUGUCACAGCCUUUCAGUCUCCCAUCUUUCCUAUUUACUUUGUAAUAAAACAGGUCAAGUUUUGUGAUGUA